CACCCGCAAAAACUACUCACAGUUUGCCGUUGGCAUCGAUGGAGUGAAGUUCCAAAAUCAAGAUGAAAAUAAAAAUCGCAAGAGUUUUCGUGGCAUUAUUGAUUCAUCUAAGUUGGGCAGUUGCCUUCGAUUUCCCGGAACCCGGUACGUGCGGUUUGGAUGCCUCGGAUCGGAUUUACGGCGGGAAUAUUACCAAACCCAACAGUUAUCCCUGGACGGCCAUCUUGGUGUUCAAGGAGAGAUUCAACCGCCAUGAUUUGUUCCACUGCGGGGGCAAUUUGAUAUCCGAUCAAUACGUCCUCACUGCGGCACAUUGCCUCGAUGGACUGUCGAGAAGAUAUUCUUUGAAUCGCAUCCGGCUGGGCGAGUGGGAUCUGUUGAGCGAUGAGGACUGUGAUUCAGUGGGGAACUGUAACGAUCCUCCUUUGGACAUUAAAGUUGAAAGCACGGUUCAGCAUGAAGAGUACGAUAAGUACACCCUGUACAACGAUAUCGCGCUGAUCAAGUUGAAAGAAAAGGUUAAUUUUACGGAGUUUGUACUUCCAAUCUGUCUACCAAUUGCUGAAAGUGUCAAGGAUCAGAAUACUGACAGCAUGAACUUCACUGCGGUCGGUUGGGGAAAUACUGAGCAUGGGAAUGAUACUUAUGAAUAUGGCAGUCGUUACAAGUUGCACGUUGAACUUGCUGGAGCAAAUUUAACACACUGUGACGAGGUGUACGAAGAGGAUAUCGUCGAGACCCAGAUGUGCGCCGGUGCCGAAGAAGGCAAGGAUACCUGUCAGGGUGAUUCCGGCGGUGGGUUGAUUGCCCAAGUGGACGGAAUCUACUACGAGUAUGGGAUCGUUAGCUGGGGCUAUGGUUGCGGCCAGCAAGGGGUGCCAGGAGUUUAUACCAGAGUCACGAGCUAUUUAGACUGGAUUGAGAGCCAUAUGACGGAUUAAGCUACAAACAUAAAAAUGGACAACAAAUAUAUCUUAAGCAACUUUGGAUUUUCAGUUCCGUUUUUACAUAUUUAUGUAGUCAAAUUGAAAGUCUUCAAAUAGUUUGUUGUUUGUCAUAGAAGUUUAUAAUAUUGAUAUUUUUAAAACAUUGAUAACAGCCGUAAAUAUUGUUCCUUCGCAAUCUAUGUCGGAAAAUAUACUCAGUUCGCAUCAGUCGUCAUCAAAAUGCAGUACUCAAAUAAAUAUGAAAGUCACUUUUGCAUGUACAAUAUAUAUAUACUAUUAUUUCUAAGCCAAUCAUGUUUGAUGGGUUUGUCAAUAUAUGAAAUAUAGGUGUUAUAAAGAUACAAUUUAGCAUCAAAGUCACGUAAAAUUAUAGCGAACGCAACCAGCUGGGAAUAUGGGAUUUGUUGAGCGAAAAGGACUAUGAUUCCGUUGGAAACUGCAAUGAUCCUUUUAAGACUUUGAAUAGACGUAUCCAGUUUGAAAUGGCCGCUAGGUGGCCAAUGGUGUUAGAAAUGACAGCUUCCAUGUAUUUGAAUAUGGGAGCUCAGGAAAACUCAAUUUUUAAGCAAUAAAAUGAUUAUUUAUGAUAAAAGUA